CGAAAUGGGGAGAUUAAAAGCGUGUAACGUAUUUUUUUUUAAAGUCUGUUUUCAGGGAACACCGGGCACCGAAGGAAUCUGAAGAACAUGUUUAAAUAAUCUGGUUCCAUGAACCGGAUCGAUGCCGUCGUUGAUUUCCUUUAUCAUGAAAUUUGGCGGAUUAGCGCCUACACCCCCCACCACAUAGUAGCCGCGUGGCCAGAAAAUAAUAGUAGUAGCCAGGUAUCAUUUUAUUCCCUUCGUUAGUUAUCUUUUACGCACGAUAAGUUAACUUUAUGGACAAACCGGUACUAAUUUCGUUUGAAAAUGGUUGAUCUCGCGGAAUGGGGAGAACCUUUUCAUUAUGUAGUUUGCGUUGCGCCACCACGGUGAACGGAGAGUUUUCGGUGUCGGUGCUGGUUCGGUCUAGAAGGGGAUAAACGAUGUCGCGUGUGCCAGUCAGUAGCUCCUAUUCCCGUCCAAGAUCGGGACUGGCCGAUGCUGCGGUUGACAAUGUACGGCCGGAAUCGCUCGCAAGCUUAAGUUCGCUGGCCCCGUCUCUCAGCCAAUACGCGCUGGGAAAUAGUGCUGGAGCCGUCGGUGCAGUGGCCGGUGGAGAAUCAUCGAUGGCACGCGGCGCUGUCGAUGGGUUCACGGCGACCCCGGUCGGUCAGCUGGGCGUGACGGCUUUUACGGAGGGCAUCUACACGGAAGGAGGCCACAUUAACCCGGCAUUCAGCGAGGCUAUGACGAACAGUGCUGGCCAAAUGCUGACGGAACUGGUCGGGGAGGAAACGAUGGACAAGAUGGAAAGGAUGGAACAGAAAAUGGCACGCGCGGUGGAUAAGAUUACCGAUGUGGAGGUUUCGGCCGGCGAGAUGGCGAUGGUGGCUGGCGUGAUGGACUACCUGCCCGAGGGCGAGGAAGAACCAGCGGUGCCCGAGGACGUACCGGAUGCUGGGGAGACGCCGGACCUGUUUACCACGCCGCUGGAAGAGCCGGUAGAGGCGGACGUGACCGUGCCGGACAUGCAGGAGCUGAACGUGGGAGAGCUGGGACGGAUGGGCGAACCGACGGAGGAAUACAUUCCACAGAUGGAGGACGCUGGUGAUGCCGAUGCAGAUGGUUGUUGUUGCUGCUGCUGCUGCGGCGAGGACGGUGGCGAUGAUCUGUGCGGCUGUGGCGAUCUGUGCGACUGCGGCUGCGGCAGCUGCUGUGGUUGCGGCGGACUGCUGGGCUGCGGUGACUGUGGGGACUGUUUCGGCUGUGGCGAUUGUAUCGGGUGCGCCGACUGUGCCGACUGCUGUUCGUUCGACUGCUCCAUAAUGUGAGCCUAAGGCCUGGUUACUUCUCGAAUGAGAGAGAGAGAGAGAUUGGAGCGAAACUAGUGCAAUCGUUACACCCGUCCGUUUCUAACUCAUAGCCACGCACUAGAGUUAGUUUGUAUGUGUGUGUGUGUGAGAGAGAGAGGGAGAUGGAACGAAGAGUGUGUGGUGCUAAGGCCUACUGCGUGUUCUAUUGCUGCUAAAGUGUACAAGUAUGUACAGCAAAAUAGAAUGCAAAAGACCAUCUAAAGUCCAUCUCGGUUGUCCAGUGUCAUACUACUAACGUGAGCAGAUUAGCCUAGCGGACCUAAUUUAGUGUAUCAUAUUGAGCUGAACUUAGGAUAACAAAUUAUGGAGCUUUCCAUUUCUCACCGGGCAUAUGAGACAGGGAUCCGAGCGUGUGUAUUGAUCCUCAGCUCCGGUGUGAGCAGAGAUUCGCCUCUAAACUGUAAUCCACGUGUGCCACAAAAUAUCUCCUCUAGCUAGGGUUUCCUUCUUUUUUAAUGCAGGCUAAGGGGAUGGUACAGCGGUUAGAAAGCUGCCAAUAUAGUAAGUUAACACAGUGUAAUUUUUGGAAUAGCUUGUUUUUGUUUUAUCCCCUUAUCGGAACGUUAAAUACCGAUUGCUACCCAAGCUGAGCCUUCCUACCCGUUUGUGUUCAGUAUUGCCCUUGAGCUUAUAUGAUAAAUGAUAAACAAAUGUAUGUACGAGCGUGUGUGCUACUCGCAUAAAAGUAGAAAUAAGAUAAAUUUUACAUUUUGUA